AUGAGUGAAUUAUCUUCAAGGCUGCUCUGUGUAGCUUACGGAUUAAGCAUUGUUUCAGUUACUUACAUAUACAAAUACUUUGCAAAAAGCAUUGUAAUUAAGUAGAAGGCUAAGCUAGAAGAUGGAAGAACAAGUGUUGACGAAAUGACAAUGGAAGAAGAGCUUUUUUAUUAUAAAAAAAAAUAGCACUUAAAAGAUUUAACUAAGAGUUUGAUUGCUAUUGCUAUAACUUUCAUACUAACAAUUAUUACUUUUGUCUUUUAUUGUAAGAAUUCUAUUUUAGAUUGCUUAAGAAAAAAUGGAUUCAGUAAUAUGUUAAUUGAUGAAAUAUGCAAUUUAUUAAUGACUAUCUUGCUUAAUUCAGUUCUAUUCGCAGUAGUCAUUUACAGAAACUAUGUAAAUACAAAAAAAAUUAAUAAAAAUCUUAUAUUUUAUUAAACCUGUAAUCAAAUUUAAAUUCAAAAAGAGAAAGGGGCAAUUCAAUAUGCUUUUUAAUAUAUUCAAAAGCAUGUCUUUGAUAAAAAAGGAUAUUAUAGCUCCUUUUGUAGAAGAAUGGGUUUUCAAAGUUCUGUUUUCAAUUAUUCUUGGGAAAUCAAAUCAUUUUAAUAUUUAAUGGUUCUCUCCUUUAGUUUUCUCACUGUGUCAUUUCUAGCUUGUAUUCUUUUUUAAAAACAAAUAUGGCUUGGUUGGAGCACUUAUCAGAGCUCUUGGCUUAAGUGUUAUGACAUUCAUCUUUGGCAUUUAUUCUAGUUUUAUUUUUAUAAAAACAAAUUCUUUCUUAUGUAGCUUCUUAUUACAUAGCUUUUGUAACUUUUUAGGACCUCCUAAAUUUAGCUCAAAAAUAGAAAUAGCUUUGAAUGUGGUGUGUGUUAUCUCUUUCUUUAUUUUGAUGAAUUAAGUUCCAUUUAUAUUAGAAUGAGAAUUUAAAAAAAUAUAUUUCUUGAGUUUACUAUUUUAUUAUUUUUAAUUAAUUUAUUUUAAUAAAAUAAAAAUUUCAAGCAUAUAAAAAAAUAUCUAUAAAGAUACAUUUAUUAAAACAAAUUAUUUAUAAGUAAAUAUAUUUAAAAGGGAUUAUUAUUUGUUAGUUAGUUAUUUAUGGAAUUAUUUUUUAUUUAUUAUUUGUAUUCAUCAAAAAUAUUUCUAAUUUAAGGAUAUGGAUUUUGA